AUGGCGCCGGCAGAAGGGUUCUCGGCGCCGGGCGUCGCUACCUACGACUCAAAUACCAUGACGGUCGGCGACGGAACCUGGGACUUUGAGAAGAAUACUUUCUUGCUACCUAACCUUGUUGGUCUAAAUUUUGAGACGAUGCGAUACAACGGCAUGGGUAAUCGCUUCUCGACCGUCGCUCAAUAUCAUACCCUCAUUCUCGCUCAUGGCGUCAUGGCAGCGCUUGUCUUUCUUCUUAUCGUCCCGGUAUCCGUCUUAACGGCUCGAUUCUACACGAAGAAACCCGGUUACGCCAUACCCUACCAUGCACAGCUACAAAUCCUAGGCGCCCUAUUACUCGUUGCCGUGUUCACCCUGGGCUGGUUCGCAGUCGGCCCAGAACGAAGCUGGACCAACCCGCAUCACGUCAUAGGCCUCGCCAUCUUUAUCAUGUUUCUCCUCCAGAUUAUUGGCGGCAGACUUGUCCGGAACAUCAAAGGACGUUCGCUCAGGAAAAUGAUUCACCGAUGGAGUGGACGCCUCAUUGCUCUUCUUGGCCUCAUUCAAGUCCCCCUUGGAUUGACGUUAUAUGGAUCUCCGAAGUACACCUUCAUUCUAUACUCUUUAUGGGUCGCCUUCUUGCUGUUGCUGUACUUCAUUCUCAGUUAUCGCGCAGAGGGUGAUGAUCGUGGCCGUGAGACUUACAUUAGCGGAGGCCGCUCUGAAGGGCCAAGUGGUGUGACCUACGACUCAGAAUACUACAGCGAUGUUCACACCGAAAAGCCUAAGAAACACAAAUGGAUAGCGCCUCUUGCGGCUGGCGCGACUAUUGCAGCGCUUUUCAGUCGCAAGAAGCACAAGGAAAGGGAACGAGAACUCAGCCGAGAGAGAUCGCGGUCGAGAAGCCGCAGCCGUGGCCCAGAGGUCAUCGGCUCCAGGCGGGGUUCGGCAAGCUACCUCCCAUCCAGGGGGGGUUCUGCUAGUUACUACGACGAUGAAAAGUACACAGAAGUAGACUCACGUCGAAAUGACAAGAAGAAGGGAGGUGGCUUCAUGCAAACCCUCUUUGGCCUCGGCGCUGCGUUUGGUGCUGGCAAGGUGGUAUCUAAUAUGAUGAAGAAGAAAGAGAAGCAACGACCUUAUGACGAGGAAUACUCCGCCGUUUCUACCGAAACCCCCAGACGCCGACCCAGUCGAAGCUAUCCCGCCACAAGCGAAUUCACCGACUAUACGGACUGGACUGAAGAUACUCCUCCACCCAGACGUGGGCCUCGUGAUGGUUCCACUCUCCCACCCGUUGGUAACCCGACGAUGGCCGCUCAAGCUCUGAGUGCCGCUGAGUCACGCACGAAUCGCCCCCCUCAUGCCCGGACUCGAUCUCAGUAUAGCUUCGAAGAUUCGGAAUACUCAUCGUAUGUCAGCCCGUCCAGACGGAGAGACGACCCACCCGGCGCCGCAGGUGGGGCCGGCAAGGGCAUCUUAGCCGGCCUAGGCUUGGGAUGGUUUGCGAAGAAGCUUGCCGACCGGAAAUCUAAGCGCGCUGAGGAGCAGAGACUCAGAGAGGAAGAAGACAUGAGAUCAGGCAUUACCGGGUCGAGAUAUACGGGAGACGGCUUCUCGUCCCCGUCUCGUGACAGACGCUCUCGCCGCGCCAGUGGACGCCCACCAAGACCGCCAAUGUCUGCGCUGAGUACAGAAAUCACACAAUUGACUGAAUCUUCGGAGCUCGAGCCACGGCCCCCUGGCACAGGUUAUGGAGGACCACCAAUGCCCCCUCUUUCUGCCGGUCCGCCGCCGAGGACACCAUCUGGACCUGGUUCCGCUUACCCUGAAUCUGUCAGCAUGCCCCCGAUGCCCCCAGACCCGCAAGGUAUACUCAGCCGCGGCUCCGAGACCGAUGUGUACGGAUCACCUAGCAGCCGACCCCGUCGCCGAGAAUCAUCCAGACGUCGGAGGGCUGGCGAGGAAGCUGCGGCAGCAGCUGUCGCUUCAGCUAGCGUGCUCGCAGCGCAAGAGGAGUCGCGCCGUCGUGCUGAAUCCGAGCGCAUGGGAACCACUUCUUCGCAACCAGUAAGUGUGAAGGUUAGGGUCCACGACGAUAAGGACAGGAAUGUCACUCUUCGAAGAUUGACUGAAGAGGAGGCUGCGGCUGCCAGACGCGAAAACAGAAGGAGACGCGGCUCAAUGAGCAGUCUUUCUGGGACAGACGCAGGCAACGGACGGCGUUACCGUCGAGACUCGAGCCAAAAGAGGUCAGAGAGGAUGUCUGAAGCCGGCGAUCCCCUUCCGCCACCCAACCCGGCGUUCGCAGCGGGAAGGAAGCCGAAGGACUCGGCGUACUACUCCGGUCCCGCGGGGGGUCCUCCGCCCGGCGCUCCCACUGUCUCUAGCAUCGGCAGCGAGCAUACACACGGCACCUGGAGUCAAAUGAGUCCCUCGCCCAGCGGCCCCGGUGCUAACCCGGUAGGGUCCGUGGCAGCGGACAACCGUCGCCGGAGAAGACAGGAGCGCAGACGGAGCAGCGCCAGCCGCCCGACGGGCGUGGACAUGUUCGACUAA